AUGUUACAGAUUUUUAACAUCAUCGGUGCAACAAUCGGCCAUGGAAAGAAAGGAACAAGAAAAGAUGAAUGCUUGGUUAUUUGGGGCUGUUUGGUUGCUAAGAUAGCAGGGGUGUGGGAGAGAAUUUCAAAUGACAGAUGUUGUAUUCCUGUUGGACCACAUAGCUUAGUGAGUAAGUGUGUACUACCCGGACAACGUAUCAUCCGUGCAAAUGCGCCUCAACUGAACUUUAUCUCCUUCCUCUCUCUCACAUACAGUACACACCCACGCACGCACAGAGAAAAAAGGAGAGACAGCGGAGCCGCGCAGAGAGAGAAAGAGAGACGGCGGAGAGAGAAAGAGAGAGUAGCGUUUCCUUUCAUCUCUUACUUAUCUCCAGUCUCUGCAAAUCAUAACAGCAAGUGGAUUGCAAUUCCUUCAUUUCCAUCCCUCCCGACCCUCUGUUUUCCAGGUACGACCAUAUGUUCCAGUGAAGAUGAUAAAAAUAGUGGAAACAAGGUCUAGCAUUGUGCUGGUACACUAUUAUCUCUGGUAGAUAAAGUGGGUAGUAUCAUCGCACUUACUUGGAUAGUUGUGCUUCUUUGUGACAGUUUCGCUUCAUCUUGCUCAUAAGAAACCACUAAGGCUGGAAGCGUUUAAUGUGACCCUCGUGCGGAUAGUGAGCCAGAUGGUAUUGUUAUACACUUCAUAAUGUCACCACACAUGUGUAUUGUGUAGGGUGUAAAGAUUGUGAGUGUAAAAUAUGGAGUUGUCUUUGCCCUUCUC